GCCAAAACCACCUGAGGACAGAAGAAACAAGAUGGAUGUAUGUAAUUUUUUUCAAACCUAAGCUUUCAAAAGCGACAACAACUACUGAGCGAGAACCAAGGAUUGAAGAUGUGGACCAUGAAACGCCGGAGAGCACUGCCAAAAUGGACGAUGCGUACGCGUGUGUGAUGGACGCACGACGAAGAGAGAGAGAUGAGCAAAGAGGCUGCUCUAGCGCGCGCUAAAAGUCCUCUCACAAACGCCGGGGACGCGAAGCCAACAAGUCCUCCUCUCUUGACCAGGCCGGACCGGACUGAAGCGGACCGGUCAGAGGCGGCGUUCCAAGAAGGUGCGCGCGGUUGCCGGAUCCGAGCGCCAUGCCGCCCGCGCUCCACGCCGCCUGACGCGCAACUCGCCGCCGCCGCUAUGAAGACGACGCGCAAGUGUCGCGCGCUCCUGUCCGUGGGUCUCAACCUGGUGGCGUUGCUCUUCUCCACCACGGCGUUCAUCACCACGUACUGGUGCGAGGGCACGCAGCGGGUGCCCAAGCCCAACUGCAGCGCACAGAGGCGCCACAACUGCAUCGACUACGGUGUCAACGAGACGGACCAGAGCAAGGUGCACUACAGUUGGGAAACCGGCGACGAUCGCUUCCUCUUCCGCCGCUUUCACACCGGAAUCUGGUACUCGUGCGAGGAGAACAUCCACGAGGCAGGUGAGAAGUGUCGCAGCUUCAUUGACCUGGCCCCCGCCUCGGAGAGAGGCGUGCUCUGGCUGUCCGUGGUUUCGGAGGUGUUGUACAUCCUGCUGCUGGUGGUGGGCUUCAGUCUCAUGUGUUUGGAGCUUUUCCACUCCAGUAACGUCAUCGACGGACUCAAACUUAAUGCCUUUGCUGCCGUCUUCACUGUUCUGUCCGGUCUUCUUGGCAUGGUGGCCCACAUGAUGUACACGCAAGUCUUCCAGAUCACCGUAAGUCUGGGUCCAGAAGAUUGGAGGCCUCACAGCUGGGACUAUGGAUGGUCUUUCUGCAUGGCGUGGGGUUCCUUCACAUGCUGCAUGGCCGCCUCUGUCACCACACUCAACUCCUACACCAAAACAGUCAUCGAGUUCCGCCACAAGCGCAAACUCUUCGAGCAGGGCCUUCGCGAGGAGCAGAACUUCCUUGACCAGGAAGCCUUCCACUACUUCCGCGACCGCUCCCUGCAGUCCAUCUCCGGCACGCUGGAUGUCUACCCAGGUCCCGGGAGCCUACCCGGGCACCCUCCAGAUCCUGGGCUGGGCCGGACCAAGAUAAGAAGCGCCUCCAUCGACUUGGGUGAAAACACAGACUCACUGGGAGAGGAGCAGUGCUGAAAGAUCUCCGCCUUUGGGCUGGAACCUUAACCGGUUCUGGUGUUACAUGUGAAUGUGCUGCUGACUUUAUUUUAACGACUCGACAAGAGGAUGUAGGACUAAAACCAGACUUGAAUUGUACAUGCUGUCUAUACAUUUAACAAAAUAUCUCAGAAUAUACUGUAUAAUGCAACAA